AUGUCCACUUCUUCCUUAUCCCGAAAGUUAGUUCAAGAAAGUGAGAAUAAUUCAGAACUAUCGGAUAAAGUUAGCAGCCUGCAAUCAGUUGUUGAGGUGAAAAACUCAGAUAGUGUUAAGCAUGUGAGAACAAAACAAGAGUAUCCUCAACCAUCAAGUUUGCUGCUUAAAAGAGCUGUGAAUGAAGCUAAAGCCAGCACGAUGGCAACUGAAUCUAGUUUGCACACUCCAGCAAAACGAAAACCAAUCGCUCGACCAAUAGCUUGUUCUGAUGUGUCGUCGUCUUCACAGCCUGAUUCUACAAGGUUUUUCAUUACGUUAUCUGGUGCCGAACCUAAAUCCACACAAAUGAUUACUUCUCCUAAACUUCGUAAUUCUUCAACAGUUGGUCGCUUGCGUUCUGUUGGGUACUUCGAUCAGACAGAUGUACUGAAUGACAGAAAACUUCGACUGGGUCCACGCUUAGUAAAUACUAAAUCAUUACAUGCGGAAGGUAGAAUAAGUGCUAAACAUCGCCUUGGCCCUGUUAUUCAAUCCAAUGGACGCGUAGUUAGUUUAUCUCGAAGUGAUGAAAAUUUCGAAUACAAUUCAGGGAAUGAAUUCGACGAUUUUGUUGAAGGUGACUACGUAGAAUUAGCAUGUGACGAUGCAUUCGGAAAUGAUGGAAUCGGUGAUGAAAACCUACAACUCAAAGGAAACUAUGUACCCUUGUCAAAAAUAACUCUAGCCGAUAAAUUAAGUCAACCAACACCACAAUUAGUGGUGAAUUUGAAUGAAACAGAUGAAGAAGAAGAUGUUACCGGUUUUUUGGCUGGAGCUGAAAGACAGAAGAAAAACAGCUCAAUCAAACAUAAAGAAAAGAUACAAAAUGAUAUUACCACAGAAUCGGAAGCUCAACCAAAUAUUCCAAGCUCAUUGGAGCGUUGUAAAUUCUGGCCUAAUUGUCGCAAUGGUAGUUCCUGUCAGUACAUUCAUCCCACAGAACCAUGCCAGUUGUUUCCACGAUGUAAAUUUGGAGCAACAUGUACAUUUGUCCAUCCACCAUGUCGUUAUGGAGCAUUAUGUAGUCGCCCUGACUGUGCUUUCACACAUUCAUCGAAAAAAGUAUUGCCUGUCGUAUCUGCCAACCCAGCUCAAAUAGUAUGCCGUUUUCAAAACAGAUGUACAAAUCCCCAUUGUCAAUUUUAUCAUCCACCUGUUGUUGUUCAAGCCCCUCCAAUCAUUGUUCGAAGUUCAGCUUCAACUGUCCCUGUUUUCAAUAGCCAAAUCCCAUGUCGAUAUGGUUCUGGUUGUACUAAUCGUACUAAAUGUCCUUUCCUUCAUUCUGAUUUACCCUCAGUUGAUCAACUUAAAUGGAUUGCACCUUCCAAGAAACAACAAUCAUCCAAUCCGAUUUCCACAAAGGCAAACUCUACAGAGAAAGUAGUUAAGUCUGUAACCACGCUUAAAGAAUAA